CUCAUAACUUUGACCCUUUCACACUGUAUUUUCACGUAAUGACAAUUUAUUUGAACGUUUUGUUCAUUAAAAAUGUUUUGUUAAGCUUUUGGUUGGACUAACAGACACUCCAAGCAGUCGCUGUUCAAUUUUCUGAGGCUGCUGAUUUGCAUGUGAUCGCCUGUCAUCACGGUUUCCUGAAACACUGGUCCUAUCAGGAUUCGUGUUGUCUCCUGUCCGCGGCAUCAUGUCCUCAUCCUCCCCGUGUGGCUCACAGACAGACGCAGAGCGGUGUUUACCCCACCGGCGGGGCCACAAAGCAGCAGCAGCAGCAUCAUGUCUCCGCCACAGCCAGCCCGCCGCCUCCUGCUGACGGCCAAAACACACAUGAAAGACAGUGCUGUGGCUUCCUGAUGCAUCUGUCCAGCCACCAUGCGGUGUUCUUGGAAGUCCAUGGUGCUGCUAGCAUUAACCUCCGUAGCCAUCCAGUACACGGCCAUCCGCACAUUCUCCACCAAGCCUUUAAGCCUGCUGUACUCUGUGGGCCUGGCACCCACAGACCACACUGUCAACUGCAGCCUGAAAGAUCUGACACGACUGGGCCAGGAGAGAGUCGAAGGCUCGGACCGAGGCUGCGAGGAAAUCUCCAACACCCCCUCCUAUAAUGCCAACAAGAGAACGCACAUCCUCAUUCUGGCCACCACGCGGAGCGGAUCCUCAUUCGUGGGUCAACUGUUCAACCAACAUCCAGAGGUCUUCUACCUGUUCGAGCCUCUGUACCAUGUCCAGUUGGCGCUGCUUCCCCGGCUGGCACAAAGUCGAAACCUGGCUGAGAGGAGGGUGAUGCUGGGAGCAGCCAGAGACGUGCUGAGGUCUCUGUACCACUGUCACCUCAACAGUCUGGAGAGUUACAUACGACCCCGACCUGCCAACCACUCCACGGACAAGCUGUUCAGAAGAGGAGCUAGCCGCUCUCUGUGCUCCCGCCCUGUAUGUGAGGCUUCUCUGAGCCCAGAGGAACAAAGCCUGGUGCUGGCUGAUGAGGGGGAGUGUGGGAGAAGGUGUGGACCGCUCAACGUGUUGCUGGCUGCUGAUGCCUGUAAAGCAAAGCGACAUGCAGCCAUUAAGACGGUCCGGAUUCCCCAAAUCAGCGACCUCAGGGCUUUGAUUGAGGACCCAAGUCUCAACCUGAAGGUGGUCCAGCUAGUUCGAGAUCCACGUGGCAUCCUGGCAUCUCGUAUUGAGACAUUUCGAGACACUUACCGGCUGUGGCGUCUGUGGAGAGCGACUGGACGUCGACCACACAACCUGAACCUGGGACAGAUCAACACAGUGUGUGAGGACUUCCUCAGGUCUGUGUCCACAGGCCUGGCCAAACCCGCCUGGCUCAGAGGGAGAUACAUGCUGCUCAGGUAUGAAGACUUGGCCCGGUUUCCUCUCCAGAAGACCAGGGAACUCUACAGUUUCCUUGGUCUGGUUCAGGACCACAGUGUGGAGGAUUGGAUCAUCAACAACACCCGGGGCAGCAGUGAUCUGUCAUCCCGGCAGAAGUUCACCACAGUUCGGGACUCGGCAGCUAAUGCAGAGAACUGGAGGGUGAAGUUGUCCUUCGACAUGGUGGUUUACACUCAGACUGUCUGCCAACCACUUCUUGAUCUGCUUGGAUACAAGUCGGUAUUCCACCCCAGAGAACUGAGAAACCUCUCGCACUCUUUGGUGGAGGAUAGGACGUUCCACCCAUUUUUAUAAACAACUGAUGGCUUAAAUACACCCAGUUUGGGUUACUGUAGUUUAUGGAACCAAAAGCAAGUCAACGCAAAUCACCUACCUACCUACCUACCUACCUACCUACCUACCUACCUACCUACCUACCUACCUACCUAGUACCUACCUACCUAGUACCUACCUACCUAUCUACCUACCUACCUACCUACCUAAUUACCUCCCAACUUACCUACCUACCUACCUACCUACCUACCUACCUACUUAAUUACCUCCCAACUUACCUACCUACCUAAUUACCUCCCAACUUACCUACCUACCUACCUACCUACCUACCUAAAGACCUACCAACCUACCUACCUACCUACCUACCUACGAAAUGAUCUACCUAACGCCCUACCUAUCUACCUGCCUACCUUCUUUCCUACCUACCCACCUACCUACCUACCUACCUACCUACCUACCUACCUACCUACCUACCUACCUACCUACCUACAUACCUACAUACCUACCUACUCACCCACCUACCCACCUAUCUUACUUCCUUCAUUCCCCCUACCUAUACCAACUGACCUACCUACCUCAGUUCCAGCCCUUUUUCCACUAGUACCAUUUGACAUGAAUUAAACCACAUUAUAGUAAUAAAUGCAGUACAAUUAGCUUAUUUAAGGAUUUAUUAUGUUUAAGUGAAACAAUCAUUUUUAAGCCACAGUAUGUAGACAUACUAGUUUGAUCAUGAUACAUUAUAUUUCACUAUGUGGAGUUUUUGACAGAUAUCUAUGAUAGUGUAUUACUGCCACUGUGACAGAACAGUAUUUUCUCAGUGUCUCAUUAUGAUGAGAAAUUCUCAUCUUUUUUUUUCUUCAUACUAUAACAAGUCCAACAUGUAAUAAUGCCACAUUGUUCUUGCUAUUACAGCUUAUUCUGUUAUUUCCAGCAAUGUCAUUGUAACAAAAUAUCAUGCUUUCUUAUUAUAUUAUGAAACGUCAUCAAUAUUAUAUCAACAUUAUUACAGAAAAUUUAUUUUUAGUUUUAGUAUGAUUGAUACAAAAGAAACAACAUUUGAUGUGCCAUUAGGUUGGUUUUGAGAGAGAUUUUGAGAUCAAAAAUAUUUUCACCAUUUGACUGAUUAUUUCAUAACUGAAAUGGCCAUGAUUUUUUACAAGAUGUCAUGGUUGGUUGUGAAGCUAAACAACAUUAUUCUGCAAUAGUUUUUUCAGUGCCAAAUUAAACUUGUCUCACAGAUCAGCCAUAGAACAUAACCCUCAGUGCAGAGUGCCAAUCAACUACUGUAUACAUACAUUAAUCCAGGACUGGGCAAGACCAGAAUAGUGUCAAAUUUACUAUGUUUAUUUCACAAAUUUUUCCUUCCACACAUUAAAAAAAUACUAGACCUCUGCAAAUGCUAAUCAGCAGACUUCUUUUUUGACAUUCGUGCCCAGCUUUUAAAUCUUUAAGACUUUUUGAUACUCUGGCUUAUCUCAUCCAAAGCAGGAAAUAAAACGUAAUGAACUCAAACCAUGUAAA